AUGGCGGCCGACAAAGCAGCAAGCAAGUAUGAGGACGUCUUCGAGGACGGCGAGGUGCCCAAGGAGGAGAAGACGGUGCACCGCAUUCGCGCCAACUCGACGAUUAUGCAUGUGAACAAGAUUCUGGUGGCCAACAGAGGAGAGAUCCCUAUUCGUAUUUUCAGAACUGCUCACGAGCUUUCGCUUCACACUAUUGCUGUCUUCAGCUAUGAGGACCGUCUUUCUAUGCACAGGCAGAAGGCCGACGAGGCCUAUGUCAUCGGCAAGCGUGGCCAAUACACUCCUGUCGGCGCCUACCUUGCUGGCGACGAGAUCAUCAAGAUUGCCGUUGAGCAUGGCGCUCAGAUGAUCCAUCCCGGUUACGGUUUCCUGUCCGAGAACGCUGAUUUCGCUCGUGCCGUCGAGAAGGCUGGCCUGAUUUUCAUUGGCCCUCAACCCGAGGUCAUUGAGAAGCUCGGCGACAAGGUCUCGGCCAGGAAACUGGCCAUCGAGUGUGGCGUUCCGGUCGUCCCGGGUACCGAGGACGCAGUCGGCACGUUUGAGGAGGUCAAGAAGUUCACUGACAAAUAUGGCUUCCCGGUCAUCAUCAAGGCUGCCUUCGGCGGUGGUGGUCGUGGUAUGCGUGUCGUGCGCGAGGAGGCCGACCUGAAGGAAGCCUUUGAGCGUGCCACUUCCGAGGCCAAGAGCGCCUUCGGCAAUGGCACCGUCUUCGUCGAGCGCUUCCUCGACAAACCCAAGCACAUCGAGGUCCAGCUCCUCGGUGACAACCAGGGCAACAUUGUCCAUCUCUACGAGCGUGACUGCUCCGUCCAGCGAAGACACCAGAAGGUCGUCGAAAUCGCUCCGGCCAAGGACCUGCCGGCUCAUGUCCGCAAUGCCAUCUUGAACGAUGCCGUCAAGCUGGCCAAGUCGGUCAACUACCGCAACGCUGGUACCGCUGAGUUCCUCGUCGAUCAACAAAACCGCUACUACUUCAUCGAGAUCAACCCCCGUAUCCAGGUCGAGCACACCAUUACCGAAGAGAUCACGGGUAUCGAUAUCGUUGCUGCGCAGAUCCAGAUUGCUGCAGGUGCUACUCUGGAACAGCUUGGCCUGACCCAGGAUCGUAUUUCAACCCGCGGUUUCGCCAUUCAGUGCCGUAUCACCACCGAGGACCCGGCCAAGAACUUCCAGCCCGACACUGGCAAGAUCGAGGUCUACCGCUCCGCUGGUGGUAACGGUGUCCGUCUGGAUGGUGGCAACGGCUUCGCUGGUGCUGUCAUCACCCCCUACUACGACAGCAUGCUUGUCAAGGUCACUUGCCACGGCUCGACCUUCGAGAUUGCCCGCCGCAAGGCCCUGCGUGCUCUGAUCGAGUUCCGUAUCCGCGGCGUCAAGACCAACAUUGGCUUCCUGACCACUCUGCUCACUCACCCGACCUUCCAGGCCGGCUCGUGCUGGACCACCUUCAUCGAUGAGACUCCCGAGCUCUUCGACCUGGUUGGCAGCCAGAACCGUGCCCAGAAGCUGCUGGCCUAUCUUGGUGACGUUGCCGUCAACGGCAGCAGCAUCAAGGGCCAGGUUGGCGAGCCCAAGUUCAAGGGCGACAUCGUCAUCCCGACACUGUACGAUGACGAUGGCAACAAGAUCGACACCUCGGUCCCCUGCACCAAGGGUUGGCGCCAGAUCAUCCUCGAGGAGGGUCCCAAGGCCUUCGCCAAGGCUGUCCGCAAUUACAAGGGCUCGCUCAUCAUGGAUACCACCUGGCGUGAUGCCCACCAGUCUCUGCUGGCCACGCGUGUGCGUACCAUUGAUAUCCUGAACAUCGCUAAGGAGACCAGCCACGCUCUGCACAACCUCUACAGCUUGGAGUGCUGGGGUGGCGCUACCUUCGAUGUCGCCAUGCGCUUCCUCUACGAGGAUCCUUGGGACCGCCUUCGCAAGAUGCGCAAGUUGGUUCCCAACAUUCCUUUCCAGAUGCUCCUGCGUGGUGCCAACGGUGUUGCCUAUGCCUCACUGCCUGACAACGCCAUUGAUCACUUCGUCGACCAGGCCAAGAAGAACGGCGUCGAUAUCUUCCGUGUCUUCGAUGCCCUGAACGACAUUGAUCAGCUCGAGGUUGGUAUCCGGGCUGUCCAGAAGGCUGGCGGUGUCUGCGAGGGUACCGUCUGCUACAGCGGUGACAUGCUCAACCCCAAGAAGAAGUACAACCUGGAGUACUACAUGAACCUCGUUGACAAGCUGGUUGCCCUCGACAUCGACGUCCUCGGCAUCAAAGAUAUGGCUGGCGUCCUCAAGCCCCAAGCUGCCACCAUCCUCAUCAGCUCCAUCCGCAAGAAGUACCCUGACCUGCCGAUCCACGUCCACACCCACGACUCGGCCGGUACCGGUGUCGCUUCUAUGGUUGCCUGCAUCAUGGCCGGCGCCGACGUUGUUGAUGCCGCCACCGACAGCAUGUCCGGCAUGACCUCUCAGCCCAGCAUCAACGCCAUCAUGGCCUGCCUUGACGGCACCGACAAGACCCCUGGCCUCAACCCCCAGCAUGUCCGCGCCCUCGAUAGCUACUGGUCGCAGCUGCGCCUGCUGUACUCGCCUUUCGAAGCUCACCUCACCGGCCCCGACCCGGAGGUGUACGAGCACGAGAUUCCUGGUGGUCAGCUCACCAACAUGAUGUUCCAGGCCUCUCAACUCGGCCUCGGCUCCCAGUGGGCAGAGACCAAGAAGGCCUACGAGCAAGCCAACCAGCUCCUUGGCGACAUCGUCAAGGUCACUCCUACCUCCAAGGUUGUUGGCGACCUUGCCCAGUUCAUGGUCUCCAACAAGCUUACUCCAGAGGAUGUCAAGGCUCGUGCCAGCGAACUCGACUUCCCUGGCUCGGUGCUGGAGUUCUUCGAGGGCAUGAUGGGCCAGCCCUACGGCGGUUUCCCUGAGCCGCUGCGCACCAACGCCCUGCGCGGCCGCCGCAAGCUCGACAAGCGCCCUGGUCUCUUCUUGGAGCCGGUCGACUUCGCCAAGGUGCGCAAGGAGCUCACCCGCAAGUACGGCCCCGUCUCAGAGUGCGAUGUGGCCAGCUACAUCAUGUACCCUAAGGUGUUCGAGGACUACAAGAAGUUCGUCGCCAAGUACGGCGAUCUGUCGGUCCUGCCCACCAAGUACUUCCUGUCGCGCCCCGAGAUCGGCGAGGAGUUCCACGUCGAGCUCGAGAAGGGCAAGGUGCUCAUCCUCAAGCUGCUGGCCGUCGGCCCGUUGUCCGAGAACACCGGCCAGCGCGAGGUGUUCUACGAGAUGAACGGCGAGGUCCGCCAGGUUACUGUCGACGACAAAAAGGCGUCGGUCGAGAACGUCAGCAGGCCCAAGGCUGAUCCUACCGACUCCAGUCAGGUCGGCGCUCCGAUGGCCGGUGUGCUGGUCGAGCUGCGCGUCAAGGAUGGCUCCGAAGUCAAGAAGGGCGAUCCGCUGGCUGUGUUGAGCGCUAUGAAGAUGGAAAUGGUCAUCUCGGCGCCACACAACGGUGUCGUCUCGCAGCUGCAGGUCAAGGAGGGCGACUCGGUCGACGGCUCCGACCUCAUCUGCCGCAUUGUCAAACCCGAUGCGAAAUGA